CCAAAUCCCUACUUUGGAUCAAAACACUACAAAAACCAGACCCAAAGAAGAAGAAGACGACGACGACGACGAACUCAGUGCAACUCAUCGAGAACAUUCCGGAAACCAGGUACGAUAAAAGUCUAAGCUUUUCGUCUUUAUAUAAGAACGCGCCCAAGUUCAAAUCCUUCAAAAUCUCCAUCACUUUACGCUCUCCAAAACAACAAUGGGUUCUUCACCUGCCAAAGACGAUGCGUUGGAGAAACUUGAAUACCUCUCUCUAGUCUCCAAAGUCAGCACCGAACUCGAGAGUCACGUGGGGUUUUCCGACAAGGUUUUGGCGGAAUUCAUAACGGACAUGGGCCGCCACUGCGAGACAGUUGAUGAAUUCGACGCAAAGCUGAAGGAAAACGGCGCCGAAUUGCCUGAUUACUUCGUCCGCACGCUUCUUACUAUUAUCCACGCGAUUCUGCCUCCAAAGCCCAAGGGCGAGAAGGAAUCCAAGAAGGAAACUGCUGGUGAUGGUAAGAAGGGUAAAUUUAAAGCCCUGGCGAUUGCAGAUGAUAAAGAUAGAGCGAAAGAGCUUGAGAAGGAAAUUGAAUUGGAGACGCGAGACCGACGAAAAGAAGAAGAUAGAGACCGAGACCGAGACCGAGACAGGGACAGAGACAGAGAUAGGAGGGAUAGAGAUAGAGAUAGGAGUAGGCAUAGAGAUAGAUAUAAAGAGUAUGGUGAUGAUGAUAGGAGGGAUUAUGGGAGUAGGGGAAGGAAUAGGGAACGAAACCGAGAUAAUAGAGAUGGUGAUGAGGAUAACAGGGAUUAUAGGAAUAGGACUAGGCACAGGGAUCGGGAUAAUGGGGAAGCUGGUGAAGAUGGGGAAAGGAGGAGUAAUGGGAGGUAUCGUGAUGAUGAGCCUGAAUUGUAUAAGGUGUACAAGGGGAGAGUUUCGAGAGUGAUGGAUUCCGGUUGUUUUGUGCAGUUGAAUGAGUUAAGGGGCAAGGAGGGUUUGGUUCAUGUUUCGCAGAUGGCUACUAGGAGGAUUUCGAAUGCCAAAGAUGUUGUGAAACGGGAUCAGGAGGUUUAUGUGAAGGUCAUUUCAGUUUCGGGUCAGAAGUUAAGUUUGUCUAUGAGAGAUGUUGAUCAGAAUACUGGUAAGGAUUUGCUUCCAUUGAAGAAGAGUUCGGAUGAUGAUGCUUUUAGGACUAAUCCUUCAGCGGGGAAAGAGGGGCCUGUGAUGAGAACUGGUCUUUCAGGAAUUAGGAUUGUGGAGGAUGAGAAUGCUGUCCCAUCACGCAGGCCGUUGAAGAGAAUGAGUUCACCAGAAAGAUGGGAAGCCAAACAGUUGAUUGCUUCUGGUGUUCUGAGUGUAGAUGAGUAUCCGAUGUAUGAUGAGGAAGGAGAUGGAAUGCUCUAUCAAGAAGAGGGUGCUGAAGAAGAGCUUGAGAUCGAGUUGAAUGAGGAUGAACCUGCCUUUUUGCAAGGGCAGACUAGGUACUCUGUAGAUAUGUCACCAGUAAAGAUUUUUAAGAAUCCAGAAGGGUCUUUGAGUCGUGCUGCUGCUCUCCAGUCUGCACUUAUUAAGGAGCGGAGAGAGGUACGGGAGCAGCAGCAGAGGACAAUGCUUGAUUCAAUUCCAAAGGAUCUUAAUCGUCCUUGGGAAGACCCAAUGCCAGAGACUGGUGAGAGGCAUCUUGCGCAAGAGCUUAGAGGUGUUGGAUUGUCAGCAUAUGAUAUGCCUGAGUGGAAGAAGGAUGCUUUUGGAAAAGCUUUGACUUUUGGGCAGAGGUCUAAGCUUUCCAUCCAGGAGCAGAGGCAGAGCCUGCCCAUUUAUAAACUAAAGAAAGAACUGAUUCAGGCUGUGCAUGAUAAUCAGGUUCUGGUAGUCAUUGGUGAGACUGGUUCGGGUAAGACUACUCAGGUAACACAGUACCUUGCUGAGGCUGGUUACACUACAAGGGGUAAGAUUGGAUGCACUCAACCUCGGAGGGUGGCUGCAAUGUCUGUGGCCAAGAGGGUAGCUGAGGAGUUUGGUUGUCGUUUAGGGGAGGAAGUUGGGUAUGCUAUUCGUUUUGAAGAUUGUACCGGACCAGAUACUGUCAUCAAGUACAUGACUGAUGGUAUGCUUCUUAGGGAGAUUCUGAUUGAUGAGAAUCUUUCUCAAUACUCCGUCAUUAUGCUUGAUGAAGCUCAUGAGCGAACAAUUCAUACUGAUGUCCUUUUUGGAUUAUUGAAGCAGCUUGUGAAACGGAGACCUGAUCUUCGUCUGAUUGUUACGUCUGCUACAUUGGAUGCAGAGAAGUUUUCAGGGUAUUUCUUCAACUGUAAUAUUUUUACUAUUCCUGGGAGAACAUUUCCUGUGGAGAUACUCUAUACAAAACAGCCUGAAAGUGACUACCUAGAUGCUGCUCUGAUUACAGUCCUACAGAUACAUUUGACUGAACCUGAAGGUGACAUUCUCCUCUUCCUGACUGGUCAGGAGGAAAUUGAUUUUGCAUGCCAGUCUCUUUAUGAGAGGAUGAAAGGGCUAGGUAAAAAUGUUCCUGAGUUGAUUAUUUUACCAGUUUAUAGUGCCCUUCCUAGUGAAAUGCAAUCUAGGAUUUUUGAACCUCCCCCUCCAGGGAAAAGGAAGGUAGUGGUGGCAACCAAUAUUGCUGAGGCUUCUUUAACUAUUGAUGGAAUAUUCUAUGUGGUUGAUCCUGGUUUUGCAAAGCAAAAUGUCUAUAAUCCAAAGCAAGGGCUUGAUUCUCUGGUUAUAGCACCAAUUUCGCAAGCAUCAGCCAAGCAACGUGCUGGGCGUGCUGGGCGUACUGGACCCGGAAAAUGCUACCGCCUGUACACUGAGAGUGCAUACAGAAAUGAGAUGUCUCCUACAACAAUUCCAGAAAUCCAAAGGAUUAAUCUUGGUACGACAACAUUAAUGAUGAAGGCCAUGGGAAUAAAUGAUCUCCUUUCUUUCGAUUUUAUGGAUCCACCAGCACCCCAAGCUCUCAUUUCUGCUAUGGAACAACUUUACAGUCUAGGAGCUCUAGAUGAGGAGGGACUUUUGACUAAAUUGGGUAGAAAAAUGGCUGAAUUUCCUCUUGAUCCACCGCUAUCGAAGAUGUUACUGGCCAGUGUGGACCUUGGGUGUAGUGAUGAGAUAUUGACAAUUAUCUCUAUGAUCCAAACAGGUAACAUCUUUUACAGACCAAGGGAAAAGCAAGCUCAAGCUGAUCAGAAGAGGGCCAAGUUUUUCCAACCUGAGGGAGACCAUUUGACUCUACUUGCUGUAUAUGAGGCCUGGAAAGCAAAGAACUUUUCGGGGCCUUGGUGUUUUGAAAAUUUUGUUCAGUCUCGAUCCUUGAGGAGGGCACAGGAUGUCAGAAAACAGCUUCUCAGCAUCAUGGAUAAGUACAAAUUGGAUGUAGUCAGUGCGGGAAAGAAUUUCACAAAGAUUAGAAAAGCUAUUGCAGCUGGGUUCUUUUUCCAUGCUGGUAGGAAGGACCCACAGGAGGGAUACAGAACUCUGGUUGAGAACCAGCCUGUGUAUAUUCACCCAAGCAGUGCCCUUUUUCAGAGACAACCGGACUGGGUGAUAUACCACGAGCUGGUGAUGACAACAAAGGAAUACAUGCGGGAGGUAACAGUGGUAGAUCCCAAGUGGCUCGUUGAACUGGCUCCAAGAUUCUUCAAAGUGGCAGAUCCCACAAAAAUGAGCAAGCGCAAGCGCCAAGAACGUAUUGAACCUCUUUAUGACAGAUACCAUGAGCCUAAUUCUUGGCGUCUGAGUAAACGACGAGCUUGAUAGGUCAGUGUUGUUGAUCUCAGAUUGGUUUUGCUUCACGUUGUAACUGUAUGUAUUAUUUGUCCGUGUGUAAGUUGUAGUUGAUUUUUGAAACCUGUCGCCCCAUAUCUUGCUCUUUCGAACAUGAGUCAUGAAUUCAGAGAACUAUUCCGUCACAUUUUUUAUAAAAAGAGUAAAAGUUUCAUUUAUUAA